AUGACGCACACGACACCGCCGUCCUCACUCGCCGUGGUGUGUGCAAGCAGCUCGUCGAGCAGCGACAACGGCAGCUUCCCCACGACGUGCACCGCGAGGUGCGACUGCCGCAGCACCUUCAAGUCAAUGCCGCUGCCGGCGCGGGCCCACGCCUCCACCGCGUCUUCGUCGCCGGUCACGCCACAAAGCCGCAGGCGCUGCAUCCGCAGCCCCGUGAGUGUCGUUUCAACGAUGUCCUCCUCAUGGGCGUUUACCGAGGCGUCGCACGAGCACACACUGAAGGACGUGACGUUGCGGCCCCUCCGCAGCAACUUCGCCACACGCAACCGGCACACCACAUCGGCGAGAUGCCUCUUCUGCUGCACAAUGCAGGCCGCUACAGGGAAGCCCGAGUGCGGCAGCAGCUCAGCGGCAUCCGCCACCAUCUCACCUUCCACCUUUUACCAAGAGGCGGCCUUUGCUCUGAGUCUUGAUGCCUCCCUAUGGUAG